AUGAAGCUAAGCUAAUCCUCUGUCAUUAUCAUCGGUGAAGAGUUUUGAUAAACCGAGCUGCUCCCGGUUCACAUCAGCGGGCUUUUAUGGCCGAACACUGCGGUGUUCACACGGUGUAGUUUCUAUCUGUACUGACGUUAAAGCGAGUCGGUUAUCAUGGCAGAGGGAGCGGACUGCGGUUCAGUUAACACCGCAAAGAGGAGGCAACCGGCGGGGAGGAAGAGCCGAUCGAGCCAGCAGAAGAAGACCUUCAGCAGCCGGGUAACGUUACGGUCUGCUCCGAUGCUAAAGGAGCUAACUGUUAGCUCGGCUGGAGUUUCAGGGAGUUUUAACGAAGAGCUCAAAGUUUUCAACAAGUUUAAAGACGAACUGUGACCGAAACGUAACAGAAGAAAACAUACAGAAUCUACUCAAACUCCACAUGUGUGAAUGUUUGAAGCUCUGAAUAAACGACAUGUAGCUGAAUCACUGCGACGUUAAAGUCGUGUUGCUAACUUCUCAUAGCAACAAGCUAAUGCUAAGACACAACAAGAAGCAACAGGGCAGCGGUGUUACAUCUGUUAACCGUCUGUCUGUGGCCACUGACAGCAAAUUUAAACAGCACAUUCUGGAUCAGAUGUCACAGGUUUAAAAUAAAACACCAACAGACAUCAAAUACAGGCACGAUGUUAAAGUGAGAUAUAAAACACACCUGUUCACUGUCUGUCCACCUGUAGCCCUGUCAUCAUCAAAGGAGUCCAUUUUUAAUGUCCGUUUUAUUUAGGAGUGGUUUUAUUCUAAUUGACGUGUUUAAAAACGUGUUAUUGUCUUUAUUUUUGUGUUGGAGGACUCCUCACAGCCCCAUAGCCAGAGCAAACAUGCAUCAGGCCUCCCCGGCCAAGCCCUUUAUUUUAGUUUAGAUUUUAAAGGUCAUUAAUCAAUAUAAAUGAUCAUGGAAAUAUUGCUGGUUGGUGUUCAGGCACAAAUCAAUCACAGUUUUCAUUUAAUUGUUGUGAGCGGCAGCUGAUCUGUUCCUUUAUGCCAUAUUCUCAAUAUUUUUUCUGCAUGUUUGUCAUUCAGCCCGUGGCAUCACAGUUAGUAUCAUCGUUGUGUGAAACACGUUCAUAUUGGCUGUGUAACAGUGAAUCACAUCACAUGACGUGAAAGCCUCUGCUUCAGCCGUCUGUUGUUUCAGAGUCGCUGCAGCUCUUAAAGUGCUGCUGUUGGAUGAAAGCCAGGUUUUAAAUGUACUUUGUUUGUGUUGGAGAAGCUUCCUGAAUCCAAACCUUCAGGCACAACAGACGAUCACAGACUAGUGACUACAGGACACCAGACAGCGUGUUGUAGGAAGCCGUGUGUGGGCGAUGCACUGUGGGCUGUUCUUUUCUCCCCCCCUUUUCACACACACACAUACUGCACGCAGGCCUGGCUUGACUCGGUUUGACUCGGCAGGGAUUGGAUCAUCACAGCCGGUCUACCUGCCUGCUUGAAGGUGUGCUGUCACUGUGGACGCUCUCGUCUGCGUGCGCUGUGCAGCAGUUGGUUCCAGCUUCGUAUCAUCGUGGAUUUUCACACUGUUAUGAUUGUGCUGUAACAAUGGAGGCGACGUGAUUGAAACUGAUGACGUGUCUGCUGUGUCUGCCAAUGGCAGAGGAAGCUGUUUAAAAAUGGUGCCGAAUGACGACGAAGCCCGUCUGACGUCACUGCGGCCUGCUUGAAGCCGGUCGAAUGCGCUCUGACGCGACUCCGGAGCCGCUCACCUCAGGCGUGAAUCGCAGAACUUGGAGAGUUUCUGCUGGUGAUGGAAAUGCAAAUUAACGCAGCGUGGUUCGACUCUGGGUUAGGGAAUGGAACGCCCUAAAGUAAAAGGCUGGAGACGGGAGUUUGUGUAGUGCAAACGUUAUAACAUGACUGUGGGUUUCUAAAGACCUGAGAUAUGUGUUGGUUUGGUUUGGUUUGGUUUGGUUUUAUUCAUUCAUGCUGGCUCCACUGAAAAAACGCAGAACUUUACAAGAAAAACAUUGGAAAAAGAAAUUUCACAACAAUUUCAAAAUUAAGAAACAUAAAUAGAUAAGUGAAAUAUUUCUGGAAUAUAUCAGGGCAGUUAGCAGUCAUGGUGGCCAUGCUAUAAUAUUGUUCUGUUUUUUCUUUUUUCAGUCUAAGUGCCUGACUGCUGCAUGCAGUGUUGAGUUUCUCAGCCUGCUGGUCUUGGCCAUGGGUUCGGCCAGCUUGGCUGUGUUAUUGCCUUUUGAAGGAUGAAGGAGCUCAGUGGCCUCCAAAUGCAGCAGAUGACGACAGUGGAGACAUUCAGUUGUAAAAUAGCAGAAAUUCAUUCAAAACUGUCCCAUGAUGUAAUAUUAAAAAGCUGAGGAGGAAUAAGUACAAAAAUAUCUCAAAUGUCCCUACAUGAACAAAUCUGGAGACGUUCUGUCUUCUAACAAUAGAGUCACUGUAAAUGUUGAUAGAAACUGGAAACCCAGCUGAACGCAGCUGAGAACCUGUUUUCACUUCUGCUCAGGAAGAAACACUUUGUGAAACUGGGAGAUUUUUGAAUGUGUGUGUGUGUGUGUGUGUGUGUGUGUGUGUGUGUGUGUGUGUGUGUGUGUGUGUGUGUGUGUGUGUGUGUGUGUGUGUGUGUGUGUGUGUGUGUGUGUGUGUGUGUGUGUGUGUGUGUUUUGUUUCAGGUGAGUCUGGAGAAAGUUUUGGGUAUCAGCACAGCCAGUGGCAGCGGUUUGACCUCUGACCCCAACUCUGGGCUCAUUGCCUAUCCUGCAGGGUGCGUCAUCGUGCUGCUUCACCCGAAGAAGAACAAGCAGAGUCACAUCAUCAACACGUCCAGGAAACCCUUCAGUGCUCUGGCCUUCUCUCAUGACGGCAAACACCUGGUCACUGGUGAGAGCGGUCACAUGCCCUGUGUGCGGGUGUGGGAGGUGGGUGGAGCUCAGGUAGCCGAGGUUCAGUCUCAUAAAUAUGGAGUUUCCUGUGUGGCGUUCUCCACCAACAGCUGCUACAUCGUCUCCGUGGGAUACCAACACGACAUGACCGUUAGUGUGUGGGACUGGAGGAAAGGUUCGAUCAUCGCCUCCAACAAAGUGUCCAGCAGAGUGUUCGCCGUCUCUUUCUCUCAGGACAACAGCUACUUUGUCACCGCAGGAAACAGACACGUCAAGUUCUGGUACCUGGAUGCCUCUAAAGAACGACGGGUGAACAGCACGGUGCCUCUGAUUGGUCGGUCAGGGCUGCUAGGCGACCAUAAGAACAGUACGUUCAGUGGGGCGGCGUGUGGGCGUGGCCUCAUGGCGUGCAACACUUACUGCAUCACCAGCUCCGGCUUGCUGUGUCUGUUUAACCGCAGCCGACAGCUGGAGGCCUGGGUCAACCUCAAGACGUCAUCGGCGAGCUGUCUGGUGGUCAGUGCAGACUUCGUCUUCUGUGGUUGUGCUGACGGUGUGAUCAGAGUCUUCAGCCCGUCCAACCUGCAGUACAUCAGCACUCUGCACCGACCGCACCGGCUGGGCGUCGACCUCACCCAGAGCGUACAGCACGGCCUGUUACCCGCCAGUCCUGGUGCCCAGUACCCCGACACGCUGGCUCUGACCUUCGACCCCGCCGCCAAACACCUGACCUGCGUGUACAACGACCACAGUGUGUAUGUGUGGGACGUUAAAGAUAUGAGGAACGUGGGGAAGCUGUACUCUGCUCUGUACCACAGCAGCUCUGUGUGGAGCGUCGAAGUGUAUCCAGAGCUGUCAGACGCAUCUCAGGCCUGUCUGCCCCCAUCCUCCUUCCUCACCUGCUCGUCCGAUAACACCGUCAGACUGUGGCACGCCGACCCCCCCGCCAGACACACGAACCUCUACAGCAACGACCUGCUGAGGAUCUUGUAUGUGGGGGAGAACACGCAGCACCUGCAGGCAGAGGGGGAGAGGGGGGAGUCAGCGGGGGCUGAUGGGAAGGCUGGGAUCAGAGUGUUGGCGAUCAGUCCUGAUGGACAACACCUGGCAGCUGGAGACCGCUGUGGAAACCUGCGUAUCUUUGGUCUGGAGUUUCUGGACGAGCUGGUGAAGAUUGAGGCUCAUGACUCGGAGGUGUUGUGUCUGGCGUUCUCUCCCACAUCCACAGGUGUGAAGCUGUUGGCGUCGGCCAGCAGGGAUCGACUGAUCCACGUCUUCAGCCUGGAGAAGAACUACAGUCUGGAACAGACUCUGAACGACCACUCCGCCUCCAUCACUGCCGUCAAGUUCACAGGUGAGAGUCCAGAGGUUCGAAUGGUGAGCUGUGGAGCAGACAAAAGCAUCUACUUCCAGACGGCUGAGCAGACGGCGGAGGGCUUGUCGUUCUCCAGGAGUCACCACGUGGUGGAGAAGACGACGCUGUACGACAUGGACCUGGACUCGUCGAGGACGCACGUCGCCAUCGCCUGUCAGGACCGAAACAUCAGGGUGUACAACGUGGAAACCGGGAAGCUGAAGAAGUGUUUGAAAGGCUCGUCCAGCGAUGAAGGAGCUCUGCUGAAGGUUCAGAUGGAUCCGUCGGGGUCGUUCUUCGCCACCAGCUGCUCCGAUAAAAACAUCACCAUCUUUGACUACGAGUCGGGGGAGUGUGUCGCCACCCUGUUCGGACACUCCGAGAUCGUCACCUGCAUGAGGUUCAGCCAGGACUGCAGACACCUCAUCACUGUGUCAGGAGACAGCUGUGUGUUCGUGUGGCGGUUGGACUCUCACAUGACCAGCAUCAUGAGGAAGAGGCGUGGCCUCAGGCCGGCCGCCGCAGCUGAAACCUGCAGCCGCAAACAGCAGAACAUCAGGAGAGAGACCUUCAUCACCGUACCCUCCUGUCAGCUGCCUCUGAUGGAGGAAGAGGAGGAGGAAGAGGCUCGCAUCAGAACUCCAGACAGACUGGACUCAGCUCAAGAUCCUCCGCUGCUUCAAACCAACGGAAAACUGCCCAUGUGGUUCAGAAAACUGCAGGGUCAGGGCGAAGCCUCCGCUGCCGUCCAAUCAGACGCCAAGCCUCGUCAGGUUCGGAGUCGGUGGGCGGAGCAGCUGGACCCUCUGAUCAUCUGCUCCAGCUUCAGCCCGAGUCAGAUGGAGGAGGAGGAAGAGGAGGAGGAAGACUUCCACCCUCAGAGUCUGGACAGUCUGCUGGGCGAGGAGGUGGAGGAGGAGGAAGAUGGAGAGGAGGAGAAGGAGAAUCCAGGUGAGGACAGGAGCAGCUACAUCCUCUACCCCGACACCACUGACACCACCACUGACAGGGAGUUUGACGUUGAGGGCGUCACUGACCCUCGGCAGUCUCUGACCAGGCUGGAGGUCAAAGGUCAGGGGGCGGAGUCAAUGUGGAGCACUGAGCUGAGUCCAGACUCGGCCUGCUCUGAAGGCUCAGCAGGAAGUCUGGAGCAGCAGCACGAUGCCGACACGGACUCCCUCAGUCAGGGCAGCUCUGUGGGCAGUUUGUGUCUGGAGGACGACGACGACAGAAACUCUCUGAAGAACCACUUUGAUACUCUGGCCUCCAGUCUGCCCGACGAGAAGUUCGACACGGACCCGAAGACUCUACAGCCUCCGGAGGAAAAGCACUUCCUGAACCCUCGACUCAGCAUCUCCACCCGCUUCCUGUCCAGAUUCCAGGACAGAAUCAAGACGUGGCCGAGCCGAGCUCCGCCUCCUGUCUCAAUCCCAACCAGGAUCUCAGAGGAGAGCAACGUCAGCAACACAUCGGUGAACUCGGAGUCGAGCAGCGAGGUCGCCUCAUCGGACUCGACUCAGAAACAAAACACUAACGGUGGAGUGAGAUGCAGCCACUCAAUCCUCCGUCGUAGAGCUUCCUGUAUGAUUUCCCAUCAGCCCCUCCGCCGCACAACACGCCGACGACACACUGUGGUGGUCGUCCAGUGCAGAGAAACGCUGCCAGACAUCACCACUGCGGCCCACACCAGCAGCAUGACGUCUGCAGUCCAGCAGGGGGCGCCUCGGCUCGGAUACCUGGGAACCACCGCCAGCUCCAGAGCAAAACUGAGCCAGGACCCACCCACCUUCUCCACCUCCCUCCAGGAGGAGGAGGAGCGCCUGUCCUCCUCCUCGGACCUCCAGCCUCCCGCCCCCGACCAGGACCGGACCAGCAGCGGCGUCGUCCAGAAGUCUCAGUGUGACGUACCUGCAGCCAGCCCGCAGGCGUCGGCCACGCCCACCGAGGUGAUGCCGCCGGGCGAAGUCGGGAGGUGGAGCGUCAGCAGCGUGGAGGAGACGCCGACCAAUCAAAGCCAAACCCUCAUCCAAACUCCCGCCACCUCCACGGACACGCCCACAUCCUGUGACAUUAGCAGCGGCACCGCCUCCAGGAUGGAGGACAGUCCAGGAGGAUCCGAGACCAGAAUCCAGAAUGAUCCAGGUUCGGGUGAUGAAGAGUCGGUCAGUCUGCUGCAGUGUCAGCAGGUCGCAGACGAGCUGAGACAGACAGCGAGACGAGCCGCGCACCUUUACCGACAGCUCGGCGUCUUGGUCGACAGCUCAGAGACGCGUCUUCAGAUGUCGUCCGUCCUUCAGGAGGCGUUCGAUGUCGUUCACUCUGAGCUGCAGGCGGUGCUGCGGGGCGGAGACGGGCGGGGCGGCGGCGAGGCCGCUGGGACGUUGUCUCUGCUGGAGAAAUACUCCGAGCAGCUGGUUCAGAUGACCCGGAACAAACUGAACCGCAUCUGAACCGGGACCAGCCAGCAAACGGCUGUUUGUACGGAGGCUGAAAGAGGACAAAAUUCACCUUCACGGCAGCCGGAGUGCCGCUGAGCUGCUUCCACAGACGUCAGUAUUAAAUUUAACGCACCUUAUGUUUGUUUUUAGCUGCAGGUUGUUCUUUUGUGUUUUCAGUCACUGUUUGUACAGAAACUCGUUUUCUUAAUAAAUGUUUAAUGUGUCAAAUUUCA